AUACAGGGGCGAGAGGGUGGGAGUGCUGAGUGUGUCCCGUACUAACUUUCUCUCCCUCUUCCACACACUAACAGUCCAGAGACAGACACUCAAGACGUUAAGGACUGCGAGUGAAAGACCUAAGAGCAGCCAAGAGAUUUCAUCCGACCCCCGACGACUUGUUUAGGCUCCUCAGGGAGAAGAGGCAGCAUGCAUUGGAACGUGGCCCUCCGGAGCGCCGGGCUCUGGGUCAUUCUGAGUUUAGCUGCUGGUCAGCUGACUGAGCAGGAGAAAUCAACUAUCAUCGACAUGCACAAUGAGCUUCGCUCUAAGGUUCAGCCCAGCGCCGCCUUCAUGCAGAAAGUGGUGUGGGACGAGACACUGCGUGUGGUGGCAGAAGCAUACGCUGCAAAAUGCAUCUGGGAUCACAACCCUCAACUUGAGGAGCUCAGUCUGGGAGAAAAUCUCUUUGUAAACACUGGACCAUUUAAUGCAACCAAAGCAUUGCUGAACUGGUUUCAGGAACAUGUGGAUUAUGACUUUGAAACCAAUAACUGUCCUGAAGACAAAAUGUGUGGCCAUUACACUCAGAUGGUCUGGGCAGACAGCAAUAGAAUCGGCUGUGCUACUCAUUUCUGUGACACUCUUGAGGGUCUGGGUUUUAAAAAGGCCACUCUUCUUGUCUGUGAUUAUUACCCUACAGGAAAUUAUGAGGGACGAAAGCCAUACGAGUCUGGAGCGCCAUGCUCAAAGUGUCCAGAUAAGCUGUCAUUGUGUGAGGACAACAUAUGUGUGGCUGAGAAUCUCUUUAAUCCGUCUGAGAAGCCCGAGUCAGACGACACUGAAGCUCCGACUGUCUUACCUGAGCAUCCACGAAUGAUGACAGAGCCUUUCUGUGUUCCUGAAGAGCCAACUCAAGAGCACGUUAAAAUUGAGAGAGGAAUAGAAACUGAAAUUCUGGUGAUGCUCGUCUGGCUGCUGGCGGCUCUUGUUUUGAUUAUUGCAUUCCAGCGGGCCGGAGAGCUUUACCUCAUCCUGCAAACCACCACAUCCGUCAUGAGCGCCGUAAACACCCACACAUCCGAGGAGCAUCCCAUCGCUCCGGUGCUGGAUUACACACAGCGAAUGAAGACGGAGAACUCGUCCCAAACCUUCAAACCAGCCAUCGAGAAAUAUCCAGCUCAGUGA